ACUUGUUGGAGGGACAGGUGGUCUCAUUCAGACCACACUGGUAAAGGUUCCGAUCCAAACGUUAUCAUAUUUAAUACGUUUGUUUUGUUCUUCCAGGAUGUGUACCAGUCCCAUGGACCCAAAGACAAAGCCCACCUGGACAGCAACAACAACGAGAACUCUGUCCCCAAAGACUUCGACAGCAACAGCAUCCUGGGAGCCCGGUCUCAGCACCAGAGAGGCCCGGUCCAGAAUGUCCAGAGAAAACUGGAUAAGACCCAGACAAUGUUGGGAAACCAGGUCCUCAGGCCGGCUCCAGUCACGCCACAAAGUCACAACCACACCCAUAAGAGCCGGUCCCAGAUACCGACCCCCCCAGGACCGGCCCAGGGCUCCAACCAAGACCCCCCGUUCUACCAGACCAGGAGACCAGCUUCCCCUGCGCUGCCACCCAGUCCAGAGUCCAAACCGGAGCAGCUUCAGUGUGAGCUCAGUGGGAAGGAGGCCAUCUCAGCCCUGUCCAGAUCCCAGAGCCGUGAGUGUCGGCAGCAGAUCGUAGAGGUCUACUGCAAACACAAGGACAAGGUUCUGAUGCCCGAGAAAGUCCCGCGCUUCUGUCCGAUAGAAGGUAAAGCUAACGUUCAGGCUCAGUGGGACACUGCUGAGACCUCGGGCCCUGCUCGACCUGUGCGCCUGGCCUUCGUCCUUGUGGUCCACGGCCGAGCCUCCCGGCAGCUGCAGCGCCUCUUUAAGGCGGUCUACCACACGUCACAUUACUACUACAUCCAUGUGGACCAGAGGUCCAACUACCUCCACAGAGAGGUUCUGUCUCUGGCAGCUCGGUUUCCCAACGUCAGAGUGACUCCCUGGAGGAUGGCCACCAUCUGGGGCGGAGCCAGCCUCCUGAGCAUGUACCUGCGCAGCAUGAAGGACCUCCUCCUCAUGAGCGACUGGUCCUGGGACUUCUUCAUCAACCUGAGUGCUGCAGACUAUCCCAUCAG